GCACACGCCAGGCACGAGACUCCCCGCUCCUCCCCUCUCCUGCGUUCUGCUGUGCUCCCAUCCAGAGAAUGACUGACUCCAGAGGACUCAAGUGGAGUAGACGCACUACAAUGCUUCCUGUCUGCCGGGAAUGACUAAUGUGAUGUGAUUUCAUUGAUCACCUGUGUGGGAUUCUCUCUUUUUUUUCCUGCUCCCUUUGGAAUGAGAAAGAGCGCAUCCGACUCAACAUCCAGACAAACAAACAGAAGGAUCAACAUGCAAUGGGUACUGCAGUGUGAAGGCAGCAACUGGACCACUCUUCUCCCUGGUUACUAAGAGCAAGCGAGAAUAAUAGUCAGCGCUGUCCACCAAGCUUGUGGGUGGAUGCGGCUUCUAGCAGACUGCUUUUAGGGAGCAAGGAGACUGUGAGGAAGUGACGCAAGCCGCGAUGAUGAUCCAUAAAUGGACAGUUACCUUCAAGAAAGCAAAUUUUUCAUAGUUUACGCUAAGAUUAUUAAUCGUUUUGUUCAGGAGAAAACAGUCUUUCCCCUGAUGCUCGUGUUGAGCGUCCCUUGCAGGCUUUCUUUGUAGAUGAAUGUGGAGCUUGUUCCUAAAGAGGAUGGAGGACUGCUUGAGGACCAGCUUUUUGGCACUGAUGAUAUUGUAUUUGUUUUUGAGCACAGUUGAGACAGCCAACAGCAUUUAUCCCAGAAUACGGCUCUCACACAAAGAACUUUGGCAGCUGAACAGAACCUGGGUGUUCCAGGGCAACGGAGUGCCUCUUCAGCCCCAGACCAUGCUGCUGGACGAGGUCCACGAGAGGCUUUAUGUCGGGGCCAAGAAUGGUCUGUUCUCCCUCAGCCUGGACCAGGUUAACACGCAGCACAGAGAGAUCCAGUGGGCCAGUACUGAAACUCAAAUAGAAGAAUGUUUGAUGAAGGGACGGGAAAAGACGGAGUGCGCCAACUACAUCAAGGUCUUGCAGCAGUACAACCAGACCCAUCUAUUGGUGUGUGGAACGGCAUCUUUUAACCCCAUCUGCGCAUUGGUACACGUGGGACACACGGGGAAGGACAUACUGUUCACUCUGCAAGAGGAGAGCGUUACGAGCGGGAGAGGACGGUGUCCGUUCAACCACAACAGUCCCUGCACCUCUACACUCUCAGGUGGAGAGUUGUACGUCGGCCUCUACACAGACUAUUGGGAAAAUGACGCUGCCUUAUGUCGACUCAACAACCGAACCUACACGCGCACUGAGAGGGACGACAGGCAGCAGCUCAAUGAACCGAGAUUUGUUGGUUCAGCGGUUAUUCCUGACAACGACGACAAAGAUGAUGACAAAGUUUAUUUCUUCUUCACCGAACGUGAGGUGGAUGUAGAGGGGGUCCACAAGGCUGUCUACACCCGCAUCGGACGAGUCUGUGCGAAUGAUCAAGGAGGACAGAGAAUGCUGGUGAAUAGAUGGAGCUCCUUUCUGAAAACUCGACUCAUUUGCUCUGUGGCGGGACCCGAUGGCAUCGAUACUCACUUCGAUUUACUUGAGGAUGUGUACGUGCUCAAGAACAAGGAUGGGAAAAACCCAGAAAUCUUUGGCCUCUUUAGCACAACAAGUGCGGUGUUUAAAGGCUAUGCAGUCUGUGUCUAUCACAUGGACGACAUCCGAGCAGCGUUUAACGGUCCCUUUGCCUUCCGGGAAAGACCUGAGCAUCACUGGACACCUUCUGAGGACAGAGUCCCCUACCCACGGCCUGGCUCUUGUGCUAGCAAAGUCAACAGUGGAGGCUUUUCCAGCUCUAAGGAGUUUCCCGAUGAGGUUCUGCGCUUUGUGCGCUCACACCCCGUGAUGUAUCGUCCGGUUCUUCCGCAACAUCACAGGCCAGUCUUCCUGCAGACAGAGACUAGCAGGAAGAAGUUGACCCAGAUUGCGGUGGACAGGGUCCAAGCCCAGGAUGGACACUACCAUGUUCUUUACUUUGGGACAGAUGACGCACUGGUGCUCAAAGUUAUCACAAUCGACAACAAAGACACCAACACAAUAGAAGAGGUGCUGCUGGAGGAGCUGCAAGUGUUUGAGGUUCCAGCUCCAAUAAAAGACAUUAUUAUAUCACCUAAACGGCAACAGCUGUACGUGAGCUCGGACGCAGGCGUGGCCCAGGUCAAAUUGCACCAGUGCGCCCUCUACGGAUCCGAAUGUGCCGACUGUUGCCUGGCUCGAGACCCCUACUGCGCUUGGGAUGGCCUCACCUGUUCCAGCUACUACCCAGCUGGAGUCUACACCAAGAGCAGACGAUUCAGGCGACAGGAUAUUCGCCAUGGCAACGCCGUCCAGCUGUGCAACGGCCUGCAAAUUGACGAUGAGCAAUGGCACAAAUCCGAGGAGAAGACGGUGUUGGGUGUGGAGGGCAACAGCACGUUGCUCAACUGCGUCCCUCGAUCACUUCACGCCAAGGUGCUCUGGUUCCUACAAAAUGGAGACAACAAAAGAGAGGUUCACGAGGACGAGCGUGUGAUCCAGACCUCGCAUGGGCUUCUCCUUUUGAGCGUCACAACCUCCGACGCCGGCGUGUACGUGUGCCAGACGGUGGAACACGGCUACGUUCACACACUUCUGCACGUCACUCUGCGCGUGCUCAGCGGGGAGACGUUGCAGUCCGCCAUCGGGCCUAACGACGGGCAGGGAGACAAAAGCGGAGCCCCGUGUCGCUACCACGCCAACCCCCCGGCGGGCCCCAGUUUCAGCCCCAAGACUCUGGUGCCGGCCUCCCUGCCGGGCCCCCAUUCUCGGCAGUGGUACAAGGAGUUCCUCCAGCUGCUUGACUACAAGGACGCCCAGAGAGUUGAGGAAUACUGUGAGAGGGUAUGGUGGCCUGAUAAGAAGCGCAAAAAGAGCAAAAAGAAAUUUGCCUUCUCGAGUGGCGAGAAGAAAGGUAAAGCCAGGAGAGCUGAGGGUAGCCAUCGAGCCCCCAGGCACACACUCGACACCUGAGAACACACACAUCCACACUCACACAUAACCAUUCGCUAGAGAAUAUAGUAGGAUUUUGUACCCCCCCCCCCAAAAGCACUGUAAAUAAUACAGAUAAUUACUUUCUGAAGCCUAUUCCGUUCAGGGCCAUGAGUAAGGAGGCUAUCCCAUGAGGUUGGGCACACGCUUGAUUGGUUGCCAGCCAGUCACAGGGCACACAGAGACAAAUUCACACAGACAUGCACACCUGUGAACGUUUUAGUCUUCACAGAACCAAACAUGGCUAUUUUUCAAAUGUGGGAGGAAACUGAAGUACCCGGAGAAAGAUUUGAACAUGGGACUUCUCACCUGUGAGGCAGGCGUGCUAACCACUAUACCGCCGUGCUGCAGUCUUUCGUCUUAAAUAAAUCGUAGCACAGUUCUGAACUCCUAUUUCAAUGCCAUUUUACGCAAAGGAGUGGCGCCAUAGCGUGGAUGUCGCGCAAUUUAGCUUAGCAUAGCUGAUGUCACCCAUGCAACCAUUUUCUAUAGCGCUCAUUAGGGUUACCUGAGCCUAUCUCAGCUGACUUUUGGAUGAGUGGUCAGAAAAACCCUGGAUUGGUUGCCAGCCAAUCGCAGGGCACAAAUUCACCUUUCCAUUUCCACCAAUGGACAAUUUAAAGUCUGAACCUAACAUGCAUGUUUUUAGAAUGCAGGGAGGGGGAAAAAAACAUAGUACCCCAGGCAAGCAAACUCCACAUAGAAAGAUCUGAGAAUCAAACCCAGAACAUUUUGACUGUGAGGCCCAACGUGCUACCACUUCUAAACAAACUGAUUUGAAGUUAGACCAUUUUAAUGACAAAAUUCCACCAUGUUUGCAGCAAGGGACAGGUCUUGUUCCAAUGCUUCACUUUUUGUACUCUUCCUACUAAAUUCCAGUGGUAGCUGUUACAUUUUAGACAGUUUGAUGAUGCUGUUUUCAGACUGACGUAAAAAAAUAAAAUAAACAAAAAAUGCAGCGCUUGCCUUUUUGUGCGCAGUCAAGCGAUGAUCUGUCACCGACGGGCUGUCGGUCAAUUGUGUGAAAAACGAGGGGCUCCCUUCUCCGAGGCAACAGGGCGGCGAGUAAUUAGGUGACAAGGACAUUGAUCCGCCGAGACAAGACACACUGUAAAUACGAGCUCCCGUGGACUGACCCCAUCAAGCCAGCCCCGCCGUCAACCCCGAUGCACUCUGCCGUCUCGUUACAACUGUACUAGUGCUGUGAAUGCAUUGCAUGUGUAGUUUACUGUAUCUGUCAUGACAGAAACUUUUUUUUAAUAAAAAAUCAGCUCUGAAAAAAAAAAUAAGGGACCAAAAUAACACUGGACAUUUUCUUGGUGGUAUUUUGACCAGUUUGCAUUUUUUUUGUGUGCAAAUAAUUGCUCUAAAUAAGCAAUAUUUGUAUUUGGAAUUUGAAAAUUUUUCAAAUCCUACUCAAACAUAUACAGUGGAUAACAAAAGUUUUUGUGAGCAAGAUAAAUCAUUUCAAAACUAUAUACACCAUUAUUGUGACACUUUAACCUGGACAACCCAAUUGAACAAGAAAAAAAACAUCUUUUUGACAAGGUGAGUGAAAGAAAAAACUGCGACAAUGUAGUUGCAUAAAUGCGCACACCUAUAACUUCAGAUGUGGCUGUGUCCAGAAUUAAGUAAGUGGGAGUCAUCACACGCCUGCCACCAUUGAAAAUGUCUCUGAAUAACUCCAAAUAAAGUUCAGGUGUUCUAGUAGGCUUUUCCUGAGGCCUGAAGGUUUUGCGCUAACACUGUGCCAUUUUUACUGCAACAAAAUCUCCCAAACACGUGGGAAAAUGUCUUACUGUCCGAAUAAACCCAAGUUGAACUUGUUGGCCAUAAUUCCAAAAGGUAUGUUUGGCACAAACACAAUACUGCUGUUCACCAAGAGAACACCACACCUACAGUGAAAGAUGGUGGUGACAGCGCUGUUUUUAUUCAGCUGGAACUGGGGCCUUAGUCAUGGUGCAGGAAAUUAUGAACACUUCCAAAUAGCAGUCAGUGUUAGUAUAUAACCGUCAGAUAGAAAGCAAAAAAAUGUCAGGAAAAAGGGUACUAGAACAGCUGAGCAUUGUGACUCCCGUUUAACAUGUUUAAAUGUGGCUGGUUAUCUUUUUAACACAGCCAUAUCACGAGUUAUAAGAGGGUGUGCACACUUGCGGAACCUCAUUACCUCAUUUUUUUGUUUUUACUCCACCUCAUAAAGAUUAUUUUUUUGUUAAUCAAGUGAGAUGUACAGGUUAUAGGUCACAUUAAUGGUGGAAAAAGUUUUGAAAUCUCUGUUUUUUUUUUAAUAUCAAAAACCUGGCAUUUGAGCAAAGGUGUGUAGAAUUUUUAUAUCCACUGUACCUAUAAAUUACAAUAUCAGAGAAACUGAUAAUUUGACAGCGGUCUCUAUUUUUUUUUCUAGAGUUACAAGUAAAGGCCUUGUAAUAUUGUUAUGAUUAAUAUUAUUAUGCUGAUGUAUGAUGAUAACUUAUUCUCUUGGUUCUGGCUUAUGUAGUUUUUAGACGUACAUAAACUGGAAAAAUGCAAUGCUAUUGUUAUUUGUGUUUGUGUUAUGUUUCAAUGAUAAUGUACAGCAGGAUGAUACGAAACCACUAUG